AUGAUCGGCCUGGCCGGCGCCUCUCCCGGAAGAACAGAAGAUAACUUCGACAUCUUUGAAUGGUAUCCUCGUUAUCAGAGUUGCCAACGAUACUUUCUGGAUCAUGCUCAGCAUAGUGUGCCUGUUCAGGCUCUUUCGGCCUUUUUGAAUAUCCAAUUACCCUUCCAACGACAACCCAACCCGGUCUUGAACUCGAACCCGUCUAUCCCAUCAGCCGGUCAACACCCCGGCCCGCCUUCUGUCUCGUUAAUUCCAUACAUCCGUCGACUAGUUGCAACAGGCAUGGAUUUCCCCGGUGUGCUUCAUGGAUUCUUUGGUGAUGAUUGGGGUAGUGGAGUUGGACCUUUACAUGAACAAGAACGCCGCAACUAUUUAUUCGCAGCAAAGAGUGGAGGACCGUCGGAUGCGGAGAUUGAGGCUGCUGAGCGCAGUUGGAGUGAAUGGCUUGCAAUGGAAGAUUGGAUGGUUGGACCACGCGCUCCGGAUAUUCUCCAAGAUUCUUCUUCUCAAAAUUCCCGACCUCGAAGUGCCCGAGACUGA